AAGUGGUGUUGUGUUGCAUCGGGGAGUUCGAGAAGCGGCGGAGGCAAUAAUCAGUUCGUCAUGUCGAUCGAAAUCGAGUCCUCGGAUGUCAUCCGGCUGAUCAUGCAGUAUUUGAAGGAGAACAGCUUGCAUCGUGCCUUGGCCACCCUGCAGGAAGAAACCACUGUGUCACUGAACACUGUGGACAGCAUUGAGAGCUUCGUGGCAGACAUUAACAGUGGUCACUGGGAUACAGUCCUGCAGGCGAUACAGUCGUUGAAGCUACCAGACAAAACACUCAUUGAUUUGUAUGAGCAGGUGCGCACUCUUCACGCAGUGACGUUCUGUAUCCGCUAGCAUCUUUGUAAAAUUGCUGCACAUUUAUAAUAUC